AUGGAACGGACGUUGCAUCGUAUCAAGCAGGCGUUUGCAGAACGCAGAUCGCACAACGUUGCCUUAUUGAACGACCACCUGAAGUUCUGUCUUCAACAGUGUGGUACGGCUCAGUACCAGGCUUUGCUGCAGCCAGAUCAACAGCUGAAAAGCAGACGACUUCAUGACUACCUGAGGGAAGCUGAAACAGCUCGAAACCGUACGUUAUCGCAAAUCACACCGAACAGUUCGCCGAGCAAGAGGACAUCGUCACGUAACACUCGCCAUUAUGUCACCAGUACCAAAUCGACGGCUCGUGAAACUAAUCGACAUACUCUGGAAUGGUUGAAUCACUGA